AUGCGUCCCCUCGUCGGAGCUACCGCCGUCGCAGCGGUCACGCUCGCGCUCGUCGCAAUGUGGCGCCGCGCCCCAGCCCCGGGCCCCCAGCACGCCGCCCUCACGCGCCUCAUCGCAUCGCUGGAUGCCCUGGCCGACCCCUACGCACUCUCAGUGGACCACAACGGCGCGCUCGUCGUGCAGAUCCUCGACCCGCCCCCGGAGCCAGAGGACGAGAGUUACAAGGAUAUGCUGACACGCUGGGACUGGCUGGCGCGCUUCAACACUGCGCUCGAGGCCGAGACGGACGCGCUGGACGGGUACGUCGUCACGUAUGCCGUUGGGCAGCGUGUUCCCCACAAGCCGGACGCCGUGCUCAACGCUGGGCUGUCGCCCCGGCCGGGGCGGUUCACAUCGCGCGCGGCAGCGAGGGAGUGGUUCCCUGCCCUUCUGGAUGACGGCAAGUGCAGGGGCGUCGACGACGGAGAGCAUGAGGGUGAUGCCCACCCCGACGCCGCCGACGCCGCCGACGCCGGCUUCCGCGCCGCGUAUGCCGAGCACAAGGGCAACUUUACCUCGCCAGCGUGGCGGGCCCUCCAGCGGGCCGAGCUGCAGAACAUGCUCGACUGCCUGGACCGGAGCGGUACGCUGUACGAGCUGCUCGUCGGCAAGUGGGGUGAGCUCGCCAUCUGCCCGUUUGGCCCAGACGAGGAGGCCGAGGCUGGCGACGGUGACGAGGAUGAGGCGCACGUCCCGCAGCGCGUACACAACGCCCUCUCGUGCAUCUCGCCGUAUGUCUCCGCCGGCGUCAUGCAGAGCUAUCGCGAGUACGAGUCGCGCCGAGUCAAGCGCGGCGUCGCUGGGCGAGGGCGGUACGAUCCGGACGACAUCUUUGCCGCUGGGCUCUCGUUCGAGCCGGGCAACCACCCACUGUCCCCCGAGGACGUCGAGGAGAGACGCAGAGAGGCCGCUUUGCACGCAGAUGAGGAGGUGUACACUUGCUCUUGCUCAGCAGGUGGUUGCGGCAAUGUCGUCAUGGGGGAAUGA